AUGUGGGCCAACCGGGCACGACAGCCUACGACGAAUAUACUCACUCUUUCUCGCCUUGUUAGAGCUCGCCAGCCUGCGAUUUCAUCAUGGCGUCGUUAUGCAAGCACUAACCGAGGAGCAUCGAAUAAUUCCAACUGGUUUCGAAACUCCUUAGGGUUUGCAGGAGCCGGUACCGCCGCGUUUCUGGCUUAUAUAUAUGCUACCACUGAUAGCAACAAAACCGGGGAAGAGACAAAAGCCAAGGGCCUCCCAAAGAUCAAGGAAGAUCUAGGAACCCAGCUUGUCCAGAAAAAGAGAAGCCUGAGAAGUCCUGGUGUUUACCUCUGGGGUACCAAUGCCUACCGUGUUGUGGAUCCGGACUCUAAGGAGUCCGUCAUCAAGACACCCCGGAGUCUCAGCUAUUUUGAUGGCCAAAUGCUUCGAGAUCUCAAGCUCGAAGAGAAAUCUGGCGCUGCGAUCAAUGAGAAGGGCGACUUGAUCCAGUGGGGUAAGGGCUUCUCGGAGUCUGAGUUUAAGCCUACGGAAACCCUGAUUGGGAAGAACUUGACUUCGUUGUGCAUGUCCAGCGAUCGAAUUCUUGCACUAUCCUCGGAUGGUAAGGUCUACUCGCUACCUAUCUCCAAGGAAGAUCAGCAGUCUGGUCGCAAGCCUAAGGAAAGCUCGUGGGUUAUGCCGUUCCUAUCGGGCGAAGCCGGCGUCAGUUACCGUCGACUUCAACCUAAUCUGGGUAUGACCGAGAAAAUCACCGCUAUCAGUGGUGGUUCGGAGCAUGCCCUGCUUCUGACUAGCUCAGGCCGUGUAUUUUCUGUUGCAUCGUCGAUGGAGAGCUACCCUGCUUUUGGGCAACUUGGUAUUCCGGGCCUUACUUGGUCCACCCGACCCAGUGGACCGGUAGACAUUUGCCAUGAGAUCACGACGCUCAAGGGCACUAAGAUCACGCAAGUGGCCGCUGGUGACUACCAUUCUCUGGCCCUCAGCAAGGAUGGCCAGGUAUUUGCUUUCGGAGAUAACUCCUUUGGACAACUGGGUGUGGAGUAUAACGCCUCGGCACCGUUCAUAGAUACUCCCGUUUUGCUACCCGUCUCGAAACUGUACCGGGCUAAUGAAUGGGCUCCCACGGUAACCCAAGUCGCUGCUGGUGGUGCCAACAGCUUCUUCACUGUGGACGCGCAGCGGGUUCUGGGCCGUAAAGAGGAUGCUUCCGCAGUCCGCGACCUGGGCUGCAUUACAGCGGAUACCUGGACUUGUGGACGAGGAAUUUGGGGACUUCUCGGUAACGGCAAAUGGACUCAUCUACAAGAUGAACCUACCAAGGUAAAAGCAUUGAGUGGCCUGUCUGAGUUCGACGAAAGCACGCAAAAGGUUUCUCCUAUCCGGCUACGCGAUAUCUCUGUUGGAACGACGCACGCAGCGGCGGUAAUGGGCAACAGCACCCAUAUCCAUUCCGCAUCUACCAAGGCUCUGGAGACGAAUGAGGAUUGGGGGUAUGAUGCACUCUGGUGGGGAGGAAAUGAACACUACCAAUUGGGAACUGGCAAGAGGAGCAACUUGGCGCGGCCGACAUAUAUCAAUGCUCCUCCGGCGCCUGAAGACAAGGACAAGGAAGAAGCACGACUACAGGUCAUGCCCCGUCACAAGGGCAAGGCUGGCAAACGGACUCUGACCAUGGAGCAGCGAGUCGAGUGCGGACGACAUGUUUCUGGCCUUUACUCAGCUGUCUAA